UCCCCCCACACCCCUCUGUUAUCGGGGGCUGAGCCCACCCUGCGGCCGGGCCUCGGGGCUGCCUCGGAGUGCGGUGGUCCGAUCAGUUCCCCCAUGGAAGGUGAAGAAGAGGCUUCCGUGAAUGAUGGGGACAACAGGGAGCUCCUGAAAGAAGAGAGUGAGAAUGGAGCUGAGGAAGCAGCAGCCACGGAGGAGCCAGCUGGGACCAGGGAUACUGGGGACGGUGUUACCUCCCCAGGGCUCCUGCAGAUGGACAGGGGCAUGCAGUGCUCCAGCUGCGUGGAAGGUGGAACAAACGCUCUCCUGAAGCCCUCAGCUGCCUCGAUGGACAGGCAAAGGACUCCUGAGCUCUCGACCCUUGACAGCUUCCCCCUGAAGCACUCAAACACACUGACAAACAGACAGCGAGGCAAUGAGAUCUCAGCCCUCCCAGCCACCCUGGACACGUUGUCCAUCCACCAGCUAGCUGCCCAAGGUGAGCUCAGCCAGCUGAAGAAGCAUCUUCAGAAAGGUGAGAACUUGGUAAAUAAACCUGAUGAGAGAGGCUUCACACCACUGAUCUGGGCUGCAGCCUUUGGAGAGAUUGAAACAGUCCGUCACCUGCUGGAAUGGGGUGCUGACCCACACUUGCUGGCAAAGGAGAGGGAGAGUGCCCUGUCCCUGGCCAGCAUGGGUGGCUACACUGACAUCGUCAUCAUGCUGCUGGAGAGGAACGUGGACAUCAACAUCUACGACUGGAAUGGUGGUACUCCUCUGCUCUACGCCGUGCGUGGCAAUCACGUCAAGUGUGUCGAGGCCCUACUAGCUCGUGGUGCUGACCUGACGACAGAAGCAGACUCUGGCUACACCCCAAUGGAUCUGGCUGUGGCUCUGGGACACAAGAAAGUCCAACAGGUUAUUGAAAAUCACAUCCUCAAGCUAUUUCAGAACAAGGGGCUGGAGUGACACAGCAGCUCACACUGCACUGCGCUUCUCUGGGCCGACGUAAGGCUCUCCUUAGGGACCAACGUGGUCUGACCCAGUGGUCCCAAAGUGGGCAGCAGGAAGAUGCUUCUUGCAAGGAGCACAUGGAGGAAGUUGCGAACUGCAGCAGAUUUCUGCCACUCCUGGAAGGUGGCACGGCCUCAAUGCCUUGCACUAGGGACACUCACUCCUCAGGACAGCUGCAUUUCUGCUCUGUCCAGGCUCAGCUGCUUUGUGAGUGCAUUCAGGUAUUGCAUUUUUGGAAAUAAACUCUAAAGCAGCCAUGUGGAGCCCUGUUUGCUGCUUCAACUGCAUCCCGCUGGUCUGUCACAGCAGCCAGCCCUCAAUCCUAGCACCAGCUGCCUAGGAACUGCGAAGGGGAACUGGGCCAAUCAACCUCUUGAAGGCUGGCACCCUCCUAGUGCCCCUAAAUUUCUCUUCAGAGCUGUCUUUUUGAAGAGCAUGGCUCGCUCUUAUGCCCAUAAACUUGCCAAGACCUCCCUGCAUGCAGCACUAUAACCAGCCAGAGAAAUAUCCAAGGGCAUUAGCAAAAAGCAGCAGGAAGCAUCUCCCUGCCAGCCAGCAACACAGCAGGGCCUCAGCCAGCAGCUGAGACAGAGCUCUGCAAGUCUGCAAACAGCUGCUCCAUGUUCAGAGGUGGCUAACCCCUGAAGGUAAGAGACAGCCAGCACCAGACCACAGGGAGGGGGCAGCUUCUCCUCCUCACCCACACCCAAGC